CUAAUACGGAGUACAACAUAAUAUAAUUUUACUUGUUUUCCAUCUAUCGUGCUUCUUUCUAUUCUUAGAAGGGUGGUAUCACUAUGGUGGACCAUCAGCCCGAUGUCAGUGUCUUUUUCUCCCGAAUGCUCCGUUCGCGCCUCACUUGCAGUUCCAGUGUCUUCUUCCUCCCAGUGAAAGGAUGGGAGCAGGGAGGAGAACACAAACUUUAACAGCACAAGAUAUUCCACCAUCACCACCAAGCCAACAUUCAAACUUUAGGAAUUUAAGGAGUGGUCAACUUGGUGGCGUCAUUUUUGGUUGCAAGAAUGAAACCAUCAGAGAAUGUCUUCAUGCACAACUAUUCGGAUUGCCAUUUCAACACUUCUCAUAUGUAAAGAAUAUAGUACAAGGCCUUCCUCUGUUCUUGUUUAACUACAGUGAUAGAAGACUCUAUGGCAUAUUUGAGGCUGCAGGUGCUGGCCGCAUGAACAUUAAUCCAUAUGCAUGGACAUCAAAUGGUUCCGAGAGAACUCAAUUCCCUGCACAAGUUCCAGUACGUGUCCGGCUGCAAUGUCAACCCCUGUCAGAAGACCAGUUUAAGCCCAUAAUUUUUGACAACUAUUAUACUAAUCAUCAUUUCUGGUUUGAGCUUGAUCAUUCUCAAACUAGCAAGCUGAUGUCGAAACUGUCUUCUCAUGCAAUUGCACCCGGUAGCUUCAACCUACAGAAUAAAAAUAACUGGAAGAUCAGAUCUCAUGGGUUACCCUCUGAUGGCAUGAGAGAGGAGACUGGAAAGCUUAAGCUGCCAGAUCUAGAUAACGCUUAUGCCGAAUCUCAUGACUCUAGUGGAGAGUUGGCAUCUGAUGAUUAUCUUUUUUUAAAUGGUGACAAUCAGACAAAUUAUGUGCCUGAAGGCAACUUAUUGAAUGAGGAUGUGGAGCAUGGAACUUAUUUAGAGCAUAAUGAAGUUUUUGAAGAUUUGAAUGAGAAGAAUGAUGAAAGCUCGUUUGAUUCCACUACUUAUCCUUCAGUCAUAGCUCAGUUAAUUCAAGGAAUGAAAGAGCUCAAUACUUUUAAGGAAGAACAAAAGCAGAAGGUGGAUUUUUUGGAGCAGAAGCUGGCUGAAGCAGAACAAGAGAUUCAGGACCUAAAAAGUAGAUGCAUGAAGUUGGAGUUGGCAUCUGAUCCUUCUCUGCUGCACAUAGAUGAAACCAUGAAUCGAUCAGAUGAUGCAUAUGACCUUGAUCCUGAAGAUUCAAUUUAUUUAGUUGGAGGAUAUGAUGGCGAAGCAUUGUUAUCAUCAUUAGAUUUAUAUUCUCCUUCAAAUGAUGUAAUACAAUCAUUUCAGCCCAUGAACUCAGCACGUUGUUAUGCUGCAACUACAAAGCUUAAUGGAGAACUUUAUGUGUUUGGUGGCGGAACCGGCUGUGUGUGGUAUGACACAGUGGAAUCAUAUGACCCAGCUAAGAAUGUGUGGAAUGUGCAUCCUUCUUUGAACAAGGAAAAGGGCAGCCUGGCUGGCGCUACUUUGAAUGAUAAGAUAUUUUCCAUUGGUGGUGGAAAUGGACGUGAUUGCUUUUCAGAUGUUGAAAUGUAUGAUUUGCAUGUUGGGCGGUGGAUUCUUACAAGGUCAAUGCUGAAAGAGAGGUUUGCUCUUGCUGGUGCUGAGCUCAAUGGUGCCUUGUAUGCUGUAGGUGGAUAUGAUGGAGUCAACUAUUUGAAGUCUGCUGAAAGAUUUGACCCCAGGGAGCAUAGCUGGACGAGGAUUGAGAGUAUGAGUACGGAACGAGGCUGUCAUGUGUUGGUUACUAUGGAUGAAAAGUUAUAUGCAAUAGGUGGGUUUGAUGGAUCUGCAAUGGUGGCAAGCACUGAAGUGUAUGAUCCUCGUUUGGGGAAAUGGAUGCCGGGACAGGCAAUGAACCAAUCUCGGGGAUAUUUAGCAGCUGCAGUUAUGAAGGACUCCAUUUUUGCAAUUGGAGGGGUGAGAUGUGGAGAGGACAUUGUAGAAACGGUUGAAGUUUACAAGGAAGGUGAAGGUUGGCACGAGAAGAGCUCCGGAGCCAUAGGAAAGAGGUGCUUUGGAUCGGCCAUAUUUCUCGGAGGAGAUUCGUAAUUCAAGAAUGCUGCUCGUGAUUCUGAGCGUGUGGUUCAAAUCUAGUUUUUUUGCUAUAUAUUUGAUGUUUGGUUGAGAUGAAUUCAAAUUUAAAAUGUAACCUAAAACAUUCAUCACAGCUACCCUAAUUUUGGGUGAGCGGACUACUCAUUAGCGUGGUUGGUUGAGAGAGGUCUCUCAAUGUGCAAGCAAGGGAUCGAAGUUGCAUUCGUAUUGAGAAGGAAAAAAUGAGAAACACAAAA